UCAGGAGUCGGCUACGAGGGUUUGGGCUAUUUCUCAAUUGAGAAACCCUAUACCAGCCCACAACGACGUAAUGACGUUUGCCCCGAGUCACCCGACGUGAUCAAACGCUCUUAUCUUUCCUACCAGUACGAUAUGUCAACUCCACACAAGAGGGUCCGAGAGCCUCAAAUCCUUGAUGCCAGAUAUCCCACAGACGCCCUCAAUAAGUGGACCAAUUAUAAAGCAGGCCCAACAAUAAUCCUCUUCCACGGGAUUCGGGGUAAAAAUGAGGACACUCCCUGGUUAAAGGAAAUGGCGGAUGCGCUGCUCGAGCAAGGAGACUAUAAUGUGAUCAUCGUUGAUUGGUCGGGAGGUAGCAGUUUUUACUUCGGCUAUUUCUUGUCCGCCUUCUCCGGAGAUUUCAGUUUCCCUUUCACUCGGGCUGCAGCCAACAGCAGGGUUGUCGCAGCGCAGUUGGCCAACAUUAUCAGCCAUCUGAUUAAUUCUACUGGCCUGACUCCGGGAGAUUUCCAUCUCAUAGGGCAUAGCAUUGGGGCGCAUUUGGCGGGGGAAAUUGGACGCCGAAUCCCUGGUAUUGGACGGAUAUCAGGUCUUGAUCCGUGUGGUCCAAGAUACACGGGCACAAGCCCGGUGGUACGACUGGAUCCAUCUGACGCCGUUCGUGUCGACGUCAUACAUACAAACAUGGCCAAAUCUGUUUUUAACGGUAUUGGCACCACUGACUCCAGCGGUCAUGCUGACUUCUAUCCCAACGGAGGGCGCAAUCAGCCGGGAUGUGAUCUGGUCUCAGCUAUAUUAAAGGGUAUUAGUAAUUAUCCGUCCUGUAGCCAUAGCAGAGCACAUCAAUAUUACAUCAGCAGCAUCGACCCGAAGAACCAGUUCAAUUCGUUCCCGUGUAACAGUGAGUCAGACUUUAAGGGCGGUCGGUGCCAAAGCUGCGGCGAUGCUGGAUGCUCACGCAUGGGAUUCUACGCAGACAAAUAUAUAGAUCCCAACAAACAGAACGUAUCCUACUAUCUGGAAACAGCAGCUGAGCCGCCUUACGCUCUUGACAAUGAUGCGACAAACAAUGCAUAA